CUUGAAGCAGCCAUGGCAGCAAGUAACGACGACAUGGCCACUCUUGAGGAAAAGCUGAUUAUCUGUCAGCAGACCAAGAAGCAUGCAGACGAUGAGUUUACUACGGUUGUGGAGCAAGCCCUGCUCGAGCUGCGCAGCCAGUCAACUGAAAUUGGGCUGCUGCGCGAGACAUUGGCUGCCCUGCGUGCAGUGAAUGUUGAGCUGGUCACACGGAUGAAGGGGUUUGAGCUCAUGGAAGCUAGGCUGAGUGACCAUGAGCAACUGGAGAGAAGGGUUAGAGAGUUUGAGAAGCUGGAGGAGAUUAGGUUCAAAGAGUAUGAGAAACUGGAGCAUAGGGUCAGGGAUUAUGAGAAACUGGAGAUUAGGGUCAGGGAUUAUGAGAAACUGGAGAUUAGGGUUAAGGAAUAUGAGGAAAUGGAGAGGAGGGUUCAGGAGUAUGAGAAACUUGAGAGUAGGGUCAGGGAUUAUGAGAAACUGGAGAUUAGGGUUAGAGAGUAUGAGAAUAUUGAGAGGAAGGUUCAUGAGUAUGAGAAACUUGAGAGUAAGAGUCGACGACAGCAUGAGAAACUGGAGGCAUGGAGGAAAGAAUCGGACCACUGGGAAGCGAAAAUGAGGAUGUGGAAGGAUAAAGCUGAGAAACUCGAAGCAGAGGCGGAAGAAUCAGCCAGCUACUGGAGAGCUAGAGUGAGAGAGUUGAAACGCGAGGUAGAGUAUCUGGAAAAAAAGAUUCAGGAAGCUGCGCCUUUGGAGAUGCUGAUCAAGAAUCUGAAGAAAGACCUGGAAGAGGUGUCACAGCAGCGCAACAGGCUGCACCAGCAGCUGAGGAACACCCAGGAGCACAGGGGGAAGCUGCGGCAACAAAUGAUGGAAGCCCGAGAUAUGUCUCUUCAG